CCCCAAGAGCAAGAAGUAGGACGUGGGAAAGAUUUCCCUAUAUCCCUGCAGGAAAGAGGCUGACGCCAACCCCCGCCCCGUCUGUGCCAGAAGGAAAAGGAGCUGUAAAGGCGCGGGGCGUUCGGGCGUCUCCGGAGCGGGCGGGGUGGCUGAGGGUUCUUUUCGCGCAAGAGCGUUAAGGGCGGACGGGCGGCGAGCGCUGAGCCCCGCGCCCUCCAGCAGCGGCGAGCAGGAGGAGGGGGAAAGCCCUGCCUCAGGUUGCCACAGAGGCUGCGCCUUAGCGCCUCGGCGGCGCCUCCCGACUUUUCCAGGAGGCGGCGGCGGCUGCUUCGCGUAGGUUGCUGCAGUCCGCUGGCUGGCUGAGGUGAAGGCCGGCUUGGAUGGCCCCAGACGCGCUCCUGGGUUGUGGCCCGCGGUUGCUCCUGGGUGUAAUCAUUUUCAACUCUGUGACUAGCAGUGAAAAUGCAACAGCUGGCCCUGAAACCAAGAUGCUGUCCUGCAGUUACAUGAAUGGAACUUGUACAGAUGGCACCACUGAUUUAAGACUGAGUGGGCAUUUUUCAGAAUGUCCUGAGGAGUACAAGUACUUCUGUAUCAAGGGAAGAUGCCGCUAUGUUGAUGCAGUACAAACCCCAGCCUGCAUCUGUGAAAGAGGCUACACUGGGGAAAGAUGCGAGCGGUUGGAUUUAUUUUAUCUAAGAGGGGAUCAAAGUCAAAUUGUGGUGGUUUCUUUGAUAGCUGUUAUGGUAAUGCUUAUCAUCCUGAUUGCAUGUAUCUGCACUUGCACUCAUUAUUGUCGAAAAAAACGUAGAAAGAGGAAACAGGAGGAAACUGGGACGUAUGAUAAACGGCAGCCUAUUAAAAGUGAUGAUAUUCUUGAGAUGGAUAUUGCAUGAAGGUUAACAAAGGUGCCUGCUGGCAGGUUCCAAAGACUUGUGCCCUUUUCCUUUUGAUGACUUUCCUGAGGACUAGUGACUUGAAAAUAAAUAAGGAUAAAUAAACACGGGUAUAUAAGUUAAUGUUCACUUGUAACUAUUUGUGAUACCUGACAGGACAAUCUAGUAUUGGGAACCCAGGAAUUUUCAGAUAUGUCUGAAAGAUUUUAGAAGCACAGUAUUUGACAUUUAACUCCCUUCAGUUGUCAAGUUGAAAAGGAAACAGGUGUUUUAUCUACCGUCAAAACAGGUAAGACAUCUGGUAGUAUUUUAAUGUUCUAGAGUAACUAAAAUGGGCAGUUAUGUCAAGGUUGCAGUUUUAUGAACAGCUAUAUUUUUAAUUGGUGAUUUAAUGAUCUGUAUGGCUGUUUUGAACUACCUAUUUCCUAUUAUAUUUUGCUUUGCUGUCAUCUUUACUGAGAGGUGGACUAUAACUGUAAUAAUUUUUGCUUUGCAAAAUUUCACUGUUCUGGGUCUAUGUCUUAGGUUGGACUUGGGAUAGUAUCAUGCAUAGACAGGUUAGGUGAUACACAGUUUAUUGGCAAAUUGGUUGCAGGUUGGUAGUAUAAUUCAUGCCCCAUGUUGCCUUCUAAGGGUCUGGAUGCCUACCCUUUCUGCCCCACUUAACUGGGUGGGAGGUGGUAUCCUUGCAGCCCCACUAUGAACCACCAGGAUUUAGUCUUUAACCAAGCUAAAAGCUUACUAAGUAAGGCUAAACGAGCCUAUGGAGUCUGGGGCCAGCCCUAACCUAGGCUUUGUCCCACCAGGGCCUAGCCCUCUCCCAGUCAGUCUUAGCUGGCCUUGCAGCUGCUCUCUGCCACCAAACCUCUGCAGUGGCUCACAGCUGCGGUGACUGCUUUGUUCGGCCUCUGCCAGGGGCCAUAUUGGCAAAUCUUAGUUGCUGCAGCUGGUGUGGUGAGCUACCACUCCCUCUGUUGGCCUGCCACCCGGGUCUCUUUCUUGGGCUUUGGCUGCUGCACUACAUACCACUGUGGGGCCUUUUUAGUGGCCUCCCCACCAAAUCU